AUGGCGCCCCAAAACCAGCUGUUCUUGGGAUCCUUCAUCCACAGCAAAUCUCUCGAGGAGCUCGAGUUCCUACAUGACGCAGCUAUUUGCGUGGAUUCAAACGGCAAGAUUGUAGCAGUCGAGCAACAAUGCGACCAAAGGAAGGCUGAGGAGGCCGUAUACCCGAAACUGGGCUGGACAGCAAACGAGGUCAAAGUCAACACCUGCCAGGAUGGCCAGUUUUACUUUCCCGGCUUCAUAGACACGCAUCUUCAUGCCAGCCAGUAUCCCAAUGUGGGCAUCUUUGGCAAGUCCACGUUGCUGGACUGGCUCAACACCUACACCUUCCCCAUGGAGGCGUCCCUCAAAGACCCGGCCAAGGCCCGCAAGGUCUACGGCCGCGCUGUGCAGAAGACGCUGUCGCACGGCACCACCACCGCGGCGUACUACGCGACCGUCGACGUGCAGUCCACCAACCUGCUCGCCGACAUCUGCCUCGCGGCGGGCCAGCGCGCCCUCGUGGGCCGCGUCUGCAUGGAUCAGCUCAGCCCCGCGUGGUAUCGCGACGAGAGCCCCGAAGCGUCCGUCGCCGCGACCAGGGAGUCGAUCGCCUACAUCGGCAAGAUCGACCCGGGCUUCAAGCUCAUCCGGCCGGUCAUCACGCCACGGUUCGCGCCGAGCUGCUCCCGUGACCUAAUGACGCAGCUGGGCGCCCUGCACAAGGAGUCUGGCCUGCCUGUGCAGACGCACAUCAGUGAGAACAAGGGCGAGAUCAGCCUUGUCAAGGACCUCUUUGGCAGCGUGGCGGACACGUAUGCCGGCGUCUAUGAUGCCUAUGGCUUGCUGACCGACAAGACCAUUCUGGCGCAUGCGAUCCACCUAGAGGACAAGGAGGCCGACUUGAUCAAGGAACGCGAUGCAAAGAUCAGCCACUGCCCAUGCAGCAACAGCGCGAUCACCAGCGGCGCCGCAAGAGUGAGAUGGCUUCUCAACAGAGGCAUCGACGUCGGACUAGGAACUGAUAUGAGCGGUGGCUAUAGCCCAAGUGUUCUUGAGGCAGCACGCCUGGCAAGUCUGGUCAGCAGACAUGUAGCCAUGGGCGGCGAUGAUGGCGCGAAGCUGAGCUCGGAAGAGGUACUCUAUCUUGCAACUAGGGGAGGAGCCAAGGUCGUUGGUCUUAGUGACCGCGUUGGCGCUUUCGAGGUUGGCAUGGAGUGGGACGCGCAACUGAUUGGACUUGGAGAUGUUGACCAGGACGGUUUGGUUGAGGGUGAGGACACCAACGUCGAUGUCUUUGGCUGGGAGAGCUGGGAAGAUCGCAUUGCUAAAUGGCUAUUCAAUGGCGACGAUCGAAACACGAGGAAGGUCUGGGUCAUGGGUCGCUUGGUCCAUGAGCGAGCGCAGUAA